GAGUCGUGGAGGAUGGCUGCUUAUACUGAGCCAGGAUUCUCUGGAGGUUUCUUCCUGUUAAAAGGGAGUUUUCCUCUCCACUGUCGCUGCAAGCUUGCUUGCUUAGUAUGAGAAUUGCUGUAUAGUCACUGACACUAGUCAGUGACUCGAUGCGACCUGCUGGGUUCCUUAUAUAGGAAACAUUUUACUGAUUGGCUUACUGAAAUGACCUGUAUUGGAAUGUUUAUUAUGUGAAGUGCCUUGAGACGACUCUUGUCGUGAUUUGGCGCUAUAUAAAUAAACAGAAUUGAAUUGAUGUGUAAACUUCAUUUAUCAUGUUACCAGAAAGGGAAAGAUCCCCCUUUUGUCCUGCAGCUUGCCUUUGAUGUAUUGUAUUUAGAAUAGUAUAAAAGUUGCAACAUUUCUUUGUAGCUAAAUGGAGUUUUUACAGAGGCUUCCCUUCUCACUCACAGCUAGCAGAAGAGGAAGAGGUUUGACAAGGAAAUGCGCCUCUUGCACAGUAAUAUGUAAUUUCCUGGUUGCUCCCUUCAUGUUUGGAGGCAAGAGGCAAUUGGUUUGAACACUGUUGUUGGUCAGGAGUGAGUCUGGUUCAUUAAAAUCCAAAACUCCUCUCAGACUCAUACAGUGAGAGAUGGACUGGCACCUAAAUCAGCGCCAGUUGAAAGAUGUAAAGUACCUGCAGCAGUGGCUUGAGUCAUUUGUGGCACCAUUUGAGAGGUUCAUUGAUGUGCAAUCCCUGGAACCUUGGAGGCUGGAAGAAGGCAGCUUUGAGGUGCCUCUCCUCCCUAGGGAGGUCCUAGUGUCCUUCAGCACUCAGCUGAGGCACAGUUCUCUCCACCUCUCCACCUCCACAGAGAACAAAAGCAACAUCCCACACCCGCUUCUCCUCAUCAAGUUCUUCAUUAUUGUCUGCAGGAACAUGGAAAACAUAGAUCCUGAGAAAACCCCCCGUUUUGUUUUUGAAACUAUCAAGCUUUUAAACUUCUGUUUGGAGCAGUUGAAGAAAGGUGUGGAGAAGCAGUGGUCUCUGCAGCAGGUAGUGCAGUACGGACUGGUCCUGUGUGAGACUCUGUUUGAUCCUUAUCAGACAUGGAGGAGACGACUGGCAGGGGAGGAGGUAAGCUUGGCUGAGAGAAAUAAGUACAAGUUUUCCCCGUCGGCUUUGCCAGAAGAGCUGCCUGCUCUAUUUCAUGACAGUCUACAGGAAAGUGAGAAGAUCCCAGAACUCCUCACUCUCCACUUGGUUCAUCUUCAGGGAGCUGUCAUCAGUGGUGGAAAGAAAAAUGGCCUUCUCUCCAUCAGUCCUCAGUCUGUGGAGGAUCUGUUCUGUGUUCUGCGUGCGUGGUGUUGCCGGGUCUCCCCUGCACCGAAAAGCACCAAGGUCCCCCAGCUGUCUCUGCAGUGCUUUACGGCGAUGAUUCAUCUCCUGCACUCCAGCAGUCCCGUGGAGAGGCAGGUGGAUAUGAAGACAGUACUAGAAAGCUACUUCCAGCUCCUCAACUGGAACCAUCCUCACUGCAGCGAAGAGGACAGGCAGUGCUGGGAAGAGAGUCUGAUCUCUCUCCAGAGCCAAAUGCUCACUGCUGUUCCUGAAAUCCUGCGCUGCUCUGAUAGACCGGCCCUGCAGGCUGUAUUCCUCAACAACAACUGCUUUGAGCACAUCCUCAGACUCAUUCAGAACAGCAAGCUCUUUCAGAGCAACAGGAGCAGACCGGAGUGUGAGGUCACCACACAUUUACUCGCUGAUCGACCCGCUGACCAGGUGAUGGAGAAGGGAUCGGACACCAUCACUGUUCACGCCUUGGGGGUACUCACAGCUAUAAUGAGUAACUCACCUUCUGCAAAGGAGGUUUUUAAGGAGAGAAUUGGUUACUCCCAACUGUUUGAUGUGCUGAGAAGUCAAGGCCAACCCAGCAAGAGGCUGCUGCAGGAGCUGAUGAACAUGGCGGUGGAGGGUCAGCACGCUCAUGCUCAUCACUUCGGCAUCAGCAACGACCAGCCUUUGCUGCUACUUCUGCAGUGGCUGCCUGACCUGUCAGGACAGAGGGACCUUCAGUUGCUAGUUGCCCAGUGGCUUGCUUCUGUGUGUGGGGGUUCGCUGUUGUGUCGCACUGUGGCUGUGGAGGCUAACAUGGUGGGGGCUUUGCUGCAGGUGCUUUCACAGCCACAGAAACUGGACAGGCAGUGUGCUGACUCCCUUUUGGGCCUGCUGCAGGACCUGGGCUCCCUGUGUUUGAAACCACAGGAGAUGAAGAGCCUCUUGAGACUUCUCAGGGUGGAUCAGGACAACGGUGUUGCUGUAGUGAAGAUCCACCCCUACUGCAUCCAAAUGAUACGUGUUGUCUCAGCCAUGGCGGCCAGAGAAGGGCAGGACCAUGCAUUACAAUACUUUGAUUUAACCCCACCCAUGGCAGGUAUCAUGGUUCCAACAAUCCAACGCUGGCCAGGCAGCGGGUUUGCAUUUCACGCCUGGUUAUGCCUCAGCAUGGACUUCCCUUCUUGUCACUCCGAGUUCAUCAACAACCGUAAACAUCCUGCCAAUCCUAGCCCAAACCUCCAGCAUGACAUGGGGAAAGGACCACGCAGGAAGCAACUCUACAGCUUCUUCACAGCGAGUGGAACUGGACUGGAAGCCUUUUUCACCAUGGAGGGGGUGCUGGUAGUAGCUGUUUGCACUAAAAAAGACUACAUGGCUGUUGCUCUGCCUGAGUACCCGCUAGCUUACUCACGCUGGCAUUCAGUGGCUAUAGUCCACAUUCCCGGCCGUCGCCCUUUUGGUCAGAACCUGGUCACAGUCUACAUUGAUGGAGAACUGCGUAAAACUGCUCAGCUUCGCUUCCCAUCUUUCAGUGAGCCUUUUAUCUACUGCUGCAUCGGCUCAGCUGGCCAGCGCACAACCACCACCACCACAUCCCCAAACCUCCCUACAACAUUCCCCUCUAGUCCAUCACCUGAGUUUGCCUUCCCUACCCAUCCCCCCUCACUCAUUCGUUCCCAGUCCACCCCUGCCUCCUUCAGUCGAGGCCCUUGGGGGUCGACGGCAGAGACCGCGGUGCACAACAUCUCUGCAGGACUGCAGGAUACAGAGUGGGGAUCCCCCACAUCUUUGGACGGGCUGCUGGGCACCGCCUUCAUCUGUCAUGAGGCUCUGCAGCAAACCCAGGCCAGAGCGCUGCACGCUGCAGGUCCCAACAACGUGCCUUUAUUCAAAUCGGAUGGAGAGCUGUCAGAUCUGAACAGCAAGCUUCUGCUUUACUACACUCCACAGGCAUUUAAGAGUCAAAUUUGUCUGGACCUGUCCCCUAAUCACCAGUAUGAUGGUAGGCUAACAGGACACCGAGUGGUAAACUGGGAUGUCAAGGAUGUUAUAAAUGUGAUUGGAGGGAUUGGAGUUGUGCUGCCCCUGCUUGAGCAGGUGUGUGAAGCUGAACAGGCCUACGGCAGUCCGGAGACCUCGGACUUACUGGGACCAGAACUGACUUCCUUUAGAGGCCCUGCUGCUAUGCUGCUGCCUCUCAACAAACACGCAGAGAGUAGACUUGAGAGAAACAGCAUUGCUGCCUUCCUGCUGAUGGUGAAGAACCUGAUUCGUCAUCACAACAUCAAUCAGGAAAUCUUGCUGCAAUGCCACGGGCCGAAGAUCAUAGGAGCCAUGCUCAACAAAGUUCCAGGAGACAUGAUGGACAUGAAUGUGUUGAUGGCAUGUCAGCUGCUGCUGGAGCAGGUUUUUAACGAGGGCAAUAACCAAUUGCUGCAGCAGCUCUACCAGCACCUGCUCUUCAAUUUCCGCAUCUGGACCAAAAGCAAUUUUGCUGUUUGUUUGGCACAUGUUCAGUACCUGGCAUCUGUGAUCAACAAAAGCAAGCAGAGCAUUAAGAAGAAGUAUGGAGUUCAGUAUAUUCUGGAUACCAUUCGGCUGUACUACAGUGUGGAAAGAGAUGGCAGCCCUCUGCCUGAGGAGAAAAAGACAAUUCAGAUGUCUCUCUUCACCCUGCUGAAAGAUUUCCUCAAGUCCCCAUCACCAGAGCAACUCCACAGCGUCCUUGCCUACAUUCUUACUGUUGGAGAGGAGCAUCAGGUGGUGAACGCCUUAGAUGUGCUGUAUGAGCUCUUGACGAGCAGCCCUCGUCGUGAGCAGGUGGAGGCCGUGCUGAUCGAGUGGGGUGUGGAGCAGCUGUACUGUUUGCUGCUUACUCCGAGCUUUGGAGACGAGGCCAGAAAGAGGAUAUUCAGGGUUUUAUACAAAAUCCUCAAGAGUGAAAAAGUAUCUGAGCGCAACAAGCAGAGCAUCAGGCUGAGGGAUUCUGGCUAUCUUGGCCUGGUUUGCUUUCUUGAAGACGUCCCCGUAACCCUGACAACAGUACGCUGUUUUUAUGAGCAGGUCCUUGCUACAGAUGCCAGUCCAAACUUCAGAGAUCUGCUGUCUGUGGUCUGUUUAUCCCAUCGAGCUGAACUCAUCAUCCGACUGGAUGUUUGUCGUAAGCUCUUCCAUCUGAUCUACUCCAAUGAGGAUUAUGUGAAACAGCUGGCCAAACAGCCCAGUUGGCAGGACAUUCUGACCAAACUCUACGUGAAGGAGUCCUACGAGUCCCAUGAGUCCAGCCACCAGGGGUCCUUAAUACCCAACUACCGGUCUCACCUGCGCAAAUAUCAGUCUCUUGUCAUAGAGGACAACCCCACUAACAUCUUCAUGAACUAUAACUCACGGGACAUCGAGGACGAGGAGGAUGACGAAUGCACUCAGCAGGAAAUCUCUGAAAGAUUCUCUGAUUUAUCGCAGUCACCUCUCGGUGGAGAUGGAGCCUCGCUCAAAAUGUUCACCGGCUCAAUUCUUUUUAAAUCGUUUGAUUCUGUGGACCAGGCGAGCCACUCGUCUACCUCCAAUGCUACUGAUAUUACCUCACCUCAGCUGGAAGGCGAGGGAAGAGACUACAAGCCAUUCUCCCCAUUUGGAACGUCACACUUUGAUCUGGAGUUAGGGGGGCUGGGGGAUGCUGGAUCUCACACUCCUGCAGGAAGCCUCACCAACACACCAUCUCCUCAGGAGCACUCAAAGCCAUUUCCUCCUCUCAGACCAAGGAAGAGCUCCAGUUUGUCCAAUGUUCUAGAUGACACCAGCUACGGGACAGAUCCUCCAACUGGAGACACAAUCUCCAAUUCAUCCAACCCUCAGAGCCCAGAGGAGGAGUUGUGCAACCUGCUCACCAACAUAAUCUUUGCUGUGUUGUGGCGCGGCAGUGGAGCAGAAGGACCAGAUGAUGUGGUGUGGAGGGAUAGGGGGCAGGUGUUUUCUGUCCUCACCAAACUGGGCUCCUCUUGCCAGCUGAUCUGUCCUCCUGAUGAAAUUAAACGCAGUCUUUUGGAGAUGAUGUUGGAGUCGUCUUUAUCAGACCUGAGGGAUGCACAGGGAGUGACUCUACCCUUCUUUCCAAGUCUGAUGCGGCUUCUCAGGCUGCUGCAGGACUUCCUGUUUGCUGAGGGAACAGAUAACCGAAUGCUGUGGAGUGAAAAGAUUUUUGAGGGGGUGGUGAACCUGCUGGACAGGUUGCAGGCCUGGCACAGCACCCCUGGCAUUCCCGGAAACACAGAACUGAAAGAGAUGUCAAAGAUCGGCCUUCGGAUCAUCAUGGGAUACAUCCAGCAGCAGAACUCACAGGUGUGUGAGAUGGCCUAUGUGAAGCUCCAUAGCCUCCUCCAGACAGUGCUGUGUUUGAGCUGGGAGGAGGUGUGCUUCCUGCUGGGGAAGCUUGGUGCCCCCUUGUGGCCUGAGAGUGUGACGGCCAAGCCAACCAGCAGCCAGUCGGAGACCUUCUCCCAGCUAGUGCCUGUAGUUCGGACCCUGCUGGACCAGCACGCUGACCCCAUCGCCUUGCAGAAUCAUCUGCCUAAUCUACCUGUUACAAAUGGCAGCUCCACCUUCCCAGAGGAUUUGAAGGCUUACUGUCGCACUCUGGAGUGGCAGAGGUUUUACCAGCAGAAGGUUCAGCCCACAAUGGAGCAAUACGAGCUGGACACUUUUGGGAGGAGUCACGACAUCAUGUCCAAUUUCUGGAACUCGUGCUUUGAUGACCUGAUGAGUAUGGCAUACAGGUGUGACAAGGACAAAUCUGACAGCAAGUCUAAGUUCCAAGAGGUGAUUGUCACCCGAUACUUGAAGCGGGCUCGAAGUGAAAGCAACAGGUUCUCGAUAUGGCAGAAGCAGAUCUCCAGCCAGGAGGGGGUGGUGUGGCAACACUGGCGAGCCCUCCGCAGGCUUUUUACCUGUGAAAGAGGAGCAUGGGCCUACAGAGUUCAGCCUGAGGUGAAACUAAAGCGGUCCAGCGCUGAGACGUAUUCAAAGAUGCGUCUGAAACUUGUGCCCAACUAUGACUACAACCCCCACAAGGAGGCCAGCGCUCUGAGGGAUAAUAUAGGAGCGGAAAGCCCUCGUAGCUCUGAGCCCCUCCCUCUUGCUGUUGCUAAAGAGGCAAAAGUAAGCUACAUGGAUGAUGAUCACUUAGAAGAUGAAGACCUUGUCUUCUUAGAUAACAAAGGGGAAGGAGAAGAUGAGAGUCAGAAAGAAAAACUGGUUCUGUCUGAGGACUGUGAGCUCAUCACCAUCAUGGCAGUUGUUCCGGGUCGCAUGGAGGUCACUACACAUCAUCUGUACUUCUACGACGGCAGCAGUGAGAAAGAUGAGACAGAGGAAGGAAUUGGAUACGAUUUCAAGAGACCUCUGUCUCAGCUCCGAGAGGUUCAUCUCAGGAGAUACAACCUCCGACGGUCAGCACUGGAGCUUUUCUUUAUUGACCAGGCUCACUACUUCAUCAACUUCAGAAAAAAGGUACGAAACAAGGUGUAUUCAAGGAUUCUCGGGCUGCGACCUCCAAAUCUGUUUUACUUUGGCUCCCGCUCUCCACAGGAGCUUCUGAAGGCUUCUGGUCUCACUCAGAAAUGGGUUUAUAGAGAAAUCUCCAAUUUUGAGUAUCUAAUGCAACUCAACACCAUCGCCGGACGGACAUACAAUGACCUGUCGCAGUAUCCAGUGUUCCCCUGGGUUCUGUGUGACUACACUUCUACCAUUCUGGAUCUGGAAGAUCCUUCAGUCUUCAGAGACUUGUCUAAACCCAUCGGUGUGGUCAACCCUCAUCAUGCUCAGAAUGUCAGAGAAAAGUAUGAGAGCUUUGAAGACCCAACAGGAACCAUAGACAAGUUCCACUAUGGCACACACUACUCUAAUGCAGCAGGAGUCAUGCACUACAUGAUCCGCAUGGAGCCUUUCACCACGCUGCACAUCCAGCUGCAGAGUGGCAGGUUUGAUGUUGCAGACAGACAAUUCCACUCGAUACCAGCAGCCUGGCAGGCCCGCAUGGAGAGCCCAGCUGAUGUCAAAGAGCUCAUUCCCGAGUUCUUCUACUUCCCAGAAUUCCUGCAGAACCUGAAUGGCUUUGACCUGGGCCGUUUACAGAUAUCUCAAGACCUGGUGACUGACGUGGAGCUGCCUUGCUGGGCAACUUCAAGGGAAGACUUCAUCAGAAAACACAGGAAAGCCUUGGAAUCGGAGUACGUGUCCAGUCACCUCCACCAGUGGAUUGACCUGAUAUUUGGCUGCAAACAGAGAGGAGAGGAGGCUGUGGAAGCUCUCAAUGUUUUCUACUACUGCACCUAUGAAGGUGCCGUAGAUCUGGACGCUAUAGCCAACGAGAAUGAGCGCAAGGCCUUGGAAGGCAUCAUCAGCAACUUUGGACAGACACCCUGUCAACUACUCAAGGAGCCUCAUCCUCCUCGUAUGACCGCUCAAAAUGCUUCUCGACGGCAGGCCCGCCUUGACACGCUGCCUUCAAACAUUUUUGAGCAUCUCAGCAAAAUUAGAAAAUUCAUGGAGGUGGUGAGUGAUGGGCUUCCUUUAGUCCAAGCAGUGGUACCAAAGAACCAGAAUCACUCCAUCAUGCAGGGCACUGAUACUUUGGUGACUGUGAGCUCAAAUGGUUUGAUCGGGACACACAGCUGGCUGUCGUAUGACAAAAACAUUACCAACUACUUCACCUUCACAAAAGAUCUGACCAUGACCAACCCAAAGACUCAACGCUUCCUGGGUGGACCAUUCUCUCCUGGUGUGGUGAUUGGUGCUCAGGUUCUGGUUGUCUCCAAUGAUGGCCGUCUACUGUUCAGCGGUGGACACUGGGACUGCAGCCUUCGCGUCACUCAACUAGGAAAGGGAAAGCUGGUAGGCAGGAUAUGCCGACACAUCGACAUUGUUACCUGCUUGGCUCUGGAUCUUUGUGGCAUCUACCUGAUCUCUGGUUCUAGGGAUACAUCCUGCAUUGUGUGGCAGGUUUUGCAGCAGGAGGGAUUCUCCUGCGGCCUUUCUCCUCGACCAAUGCAGGUUCUCUGUGGACAUGAUCAAGAGGUCACCUGUGUUGCCAUCAACACCGAACUGGAUAUGGCUGUCUCAGGGUCAAAGGAUGGAACCGUGAUCGUGCACACAAUUCGACAAGGCCAUUUCAUUCGGACACUGCAUGCUUCUGGAGAUAGCUGCAUACCCGCUAAGAUUUCUGGGCUCCAAGUGGGUAUGGAGGGCCACAUUGUAGUGCAAUUGUCUCAGGAGAAAUGCUCUAACAGGAAGGGCAAUUUCUCCAUUAAUGUUUACUCUGUAAACGGCUGUUUGUUGUCCUGCUUUACCACGGAGGAGCAGAUAACUGCACUCCACCUGGUGUCUGAGUACAUUAUCCUGGGGACGAUACAUGGCAGCCUCCACAUACAAGAUUUAUUCAGCCUGGACGAUUUGAUAACGCCUCUGGCCCUGAAAGUUCCUGUGAGGUGUGUGUCUGUCACCAAGGAGCUCAGCCACAUUCUAGUGGGGCUGGAUGAUGGGAAGUUAAUAGUGGUGGGGGCAGGAAAACCAGAAGAGGUUCGCUCACGACAAUUUUCCCGUCGUCUGUGGACCUCCACACGCCGCAUCACUCAGGUGUCGUCAGGUGAAACUGAGUACAACCCCUCUGCGAGAGUUGGAAAAUGAGAGGAGUAAUAUGGAGGAGCUCCAAGGAGCCUCACAGAUCUGCUCCACUGGCAAACUGAGGAACUUGACUCAUUAGCCACUGAUCUCUCUGAGAGCGCAAUUAUACACUGAGCACUUUUUUACUCUUAAAUGGUUUUUAAAUAUAUUUUAUGGGAUAUUUCUUUUACAGUUGAGCUGUUUUCAUCAGCAUUGUUCCAAAUAGAGGCCUUGUUUUGUUUGAAGUGAAAAGCUUGCUUUUUAGUCUGAGGGCUUUCAGGGUAAUGACUCACUCUUAAGCCGGGCGUACACUGUGCGACUUUUUCACUUUUUUGAGCCAAUUUUCCAGUCGUGCGAGAAUCCACGAGAUCGGGGUGAGUUUUGUGCCGAGCGUCGUGUAGUGUACAGGGGGUUACGAGAGGCGAUUAACACCACGUGACCAGCUACCGAUCAGCAAUCGUGAGUUCGCACGGACUUCUGGCGUGUUUAAUAUUUUGCUCAUUCCUCAUGAGGGUAUCGCACUGUUGAAGCAGCGCAGCGAGCGGCUGCAACCCAAAAAGUAUCAGAACCACUCACGGCGCAUGCGCAAUCCUGCAUCAACACCGCUCGCCCGCUAUUUCCCUAAAAACACACAUUGUUGAUUUUUAUUUCUACACGUUUAUUUACUCAUAAUGAUUGUCAAGAUUGUUUGUCGUAUUCAUGUCAAAUUAAACUGAUCACAAAACACAGAUUUACUUUCUUUAUUUCGUUUUCCUCAUCCAACCCCCAUAAAUCCCUGUGUGUCCUCCUGCAGCACUCCCGAAGGACAACAGGCAAAACAAGUUAAAAAAAGUCUGACGUGUUGUGUAAAAACUGCUAUUUUUAGCAUAUUUUUAGGGCCAACGUGUUGCUACCAGACGUGCAGUGUGAGCGCAUGACUCGUGAGAUCUGCCCUGCGAGGACGUCGUACAGUUUGAGCUGAAGCUGAGUGCUACGAGUGAAAAAGUCGCACAGGUACGCCCAGCUUUAUGCACACUUAUCUUUAGACAGAGUUAACUGUAAACUCCUUGAGCACCAUGGCGGGUGUGGGCUUCGUGGGAGUGAAGGGACAUGGCUAAGAUCCUAAACUGUUGACUGGCAAAUAGGGAACUUCUUAAAGCUUCUGAAAACUUAAAGGAAAAGAAACUUGCUCUGGAUUUCUAUGUUGCAAUGCUGAUGUGAUGAUUCUCAAAACAUUUGGAUCUGCCAGGUCACUAGAGGGCUUACUCUCUAUUAAGAAAGGGGAGUAGUUUGAAGCUCUGACCCGUUGUGUUGUGAUUGUUAAUGUAUGGCAGAUGUUGAAGCUCACAGCAGUAAUUUAACCACGGAGUCUAUGUUUUUUCUCAGCAGAGAACUGUUACAUUUAAAGCAGCCCAUCUUUAAUUGUCAAGUAUGUGAUAUAUACUCACUUAAUUGUCCAGAUGAAACUCGAAGAAAAAGUUUUCCGUUGCCUUACACACAGAAUUGGCCUUUGUUUGCUUCAGCAUUUCACCAUUUGAAUGUAUCCUUUUGUAAUUUAAUUUAAUGAAUACUGUGAGUAUUCAGACCCCCAUCAAUUUUUCACUCUGUUAUAUUGCAACCUUUUGCUAAAAUCAAUCAAAUGAAAAUGUUUCCUCAUUAAUUUACACACAGCUAUCACAUGGUCCUAAAUAUUUAGACCCUUUGCUCAGUAUUUAGUAAGCCCUUUUUACAAGACACACCUUGCCUGGAAAUCAGCAUAAUAUUACUGCAACAGUGUGUCUUAUGAAUGCACAAUGGCGAUGCUUAAAUUUUGUUUUGUAAAAACUGCUGUAGAAAAACUCUUUUGGUCUAAUAAAGCCAUGAGUCUUCUUGGUAAA